UUAGAAAAACUAGGUUAGUAGUGCGGCAGUCAUGACAGAGGGGCUAAAGUAGGUCACAGACUGAGUACCGUAUAUCCCAGUUUUUGAAACAGAGGGUUCUAUCAUUGAAUGUAGAUGGCCUAGCUGAUUUAUCUAAUGUAGAGCACCUAGCUCCGUGUCUCAGAGAAGGAGUACCAGACCAACCAACCAGGAGGUGCACAUAGAUACUGUGACAUGAUCCUGGGGCCCAUUGUUGUGCCAUUCAUCCGCCGCCAUCACCUCAUGUUUUCAGCAUGAUAAUGCACGGCCCCAUGUCGCAAGGAUCUGUACACAAUUCCUGGAAGCUAAAAAUCCCAGUUGGUCCAUUGUCCAAAUACUCACGUCACCCAUUGAGCAUGUUUGGGAUGCUUGACGUGUACGACAGCGUUUUCCAUUUCCCGCCAAGAACCAGCAACUUCGCACAGCCAUUGAAGAGGGAUGGGACAUUCCACAGGCCACAAUCAACAGCCUGAUCAACUCUGAAGCAUUGCUCUCAACCUUUGCCUCUCCCGAGUCCCAUCGCUGCAACUCCCCUACGGACAAGACAAAGUUCAAAUUGGAUAUCCCGAGAUUGGGGAGAAAAAGGGAGCAAUUGCAAAUGGAUGGAAGGAAAUUCCAGAAGCUGGAAUGAACAUUUGUGAUUGUCUAAUGGCAGACCAAAGAAUGGACAUUACCUCUACAAUGAAUGAGUUCAUGUCCCCCAGCUCCAGCGACCUGAUCAGCAGCUCCGUCAACACCCCAGGCAUGGACUACACCCGCAAGAGAAAGGGCAGCACCUCCGACUACCAAAUUGAUGGAUUUUCUUUCGAGGAGUGUGGUGAUCCCCAGCGCCGGAUAAAAAAUGCCAGGGAGGCACACAGUCAGAUUGAGAAGCGGCGCAGGGACAAGAUGAACAGCUUCAUAGACGAGCUGGCUGCACUAGUCCCUACCUGCAACGCUAUGUCCCGCAAGCUGGACAAACUCACGGUCCUACGCAUGGCUGUCCAGCAUAUGAAGACAUUAAGAGGAGCAGCAAACCCUUACACAGAGGUGAACUACAAGCCGUCUUUCCUGACCGAUGAUGAACUGAAGCACUUAAUAUUGAGGGCUGCUGACGGCUUUCUGUUUGUUGUUGGAUGUGAUCGUGGGAAGAUCCUUUUUGUCUCGGAGUCAGUUUACAAGAUCCUCAACUAUUGCCAGAAUGACCUAAUUGGCCAGAGUCUGUUUGAUUACCUGCAUCCUAAAGACAUUGCCAAAGUCAAGGAGCAACUGUCGUCAUCGGAUACAGCACCUCGGGAGCGGCUCAUUGAUGCUAAAACCGGUCUACCGGUUAAGACAGACAUCACCCCUGGGCCAUCUCGACUGUGCUCCGGGGCCAGACGCUCGUUCUUCUGCCGAAUGAAGUGUAACCGGCCCUAUGUCAAAACAGAGGACAAGGACUUCCCCUCCACCUGCUCCAAAAAGAAAGCCGACCGCAAGAGCUUCUGCACGAUCCACAGUACUGGCUACCUGAAGAGCUGGCCGCCCACCAAGAUGGGCCUGGACGAUGACAACGAACCCGACAAUGAGGGCUGUAACCUCAGCUGCCUGGUGGCCAUCGGCCGGCUGCAUCCCCACAUCGUCCCCCAGCCCUCCCACAAGGACAUCCGCGUCAAACCCACCGACUACGUCUCCCGCCACGCCAUCGAUGGGAAGUUUGUCUUUGUUGACCAGAGGGCCACAGCCAUUCUUGCAUACUUACCCCAGGAGCUUCUUGGCACCUCUUUCUACGAGUAUUUCCAUCAGGAUGAUAUUGGCCACCUGGCAGGAUGUCACAGACAAGUGCUUCAGAUGAGAGAAAAGAUCAACACAAACUGUUAUAAGUUCAAGAUUAAAGAUGGCUCCUUCAUCACUCUGCGAAGUCGCUGGUUCAGUUUCAUGAAUCCUUGGACCAAAGAGGUGGAGUACAUCGUCUCCACAAACACAGUGGUCUCGUGCAGUAUGCUGGAUGGUGCAGACUCCAGCUAUCCUCAGUCUGCCGUCUCUCCCACUGCCUCUAUGGAUGGUGUGCUGAUGUCAGAAGGUGGAGGGAGACGGGCCCUUCAGACGGUGCCAGGCAUCCCUGGGGGAACACGUGCAGGUGCCGGUAAGAUCGGUCGCAUGAUCGCAGAGGAGGUGAUGGAGACUCAGAGGACCAGAGGCUCGACCCCCUCCAGCUGUGGCUCUAGCCCCCUGAACAUCAGCACCCCUCCUCCAGACUGCUCUCCAGGGGGCAAGAGAAUUCAAAAUGGAACGCCACCAGGAGGACCCGACACCAACCAGUCUAUUAUGAGUGACAACUCGCACCUCAGCAUUGACGAGGCAGCCAUGGCUGUGAUCAUGAGUCUCCUGGAGGCUGAUGCAGGCCUCGGUGGCCCUGUAGACUUCAGUGACUUACCCUGGCCCUUGUGAGGACAGCCCCAGCAGGGCUGUUGGAAUCCUUGGCCUAAGGCCCAGAGAACCCUGAAUUGACCAUGCAGUCAUAUCAACAGGAACCAUGCUACUGUAGGACUCAUUGGAGCCAAGAGCAGGACAGGACCCCUCAGUGUACCUGUGUCUGCUGAUUGACAUUCCCCACAGGAUGAUUCAGUUAGCAUUUUCAAUGUAUAUUAUCCUACCAGGGAUGUCUUUAGUGUUUAUGCUUUUACACUACAAUGGUUGGACAUCCCCAUUGACAAAUGUAAUGAAUACAUGGUACCAGCAGUAAAAUAUUUUUAUGUUAA